CAUAAUUUAAAAAAAAAAUCCUAAUUAUUUAGUUUUUAAAUUUUUUACUUUUUAUCUCACAUAUAUUCUAAUUAAUUCAGGAUUUUAGUGGGAGAAAAAGAGACUAUUGCUCUGAUUGUUUUAUAAUUCGCAGGUUAUGAUAUUUUUUGUCAGUCUGGCCAUAUCUGGCACGUGGCUUGUUUGAAACUGGGUAAAAAAAAGUAUACAAUAAAUAUUAGACAUUUAAAAAUAAAUAAAUAAACAAUUAAAUUUAAAAAUGCCGAGUUUUUCCCGGUUUCAAAAGUGCGCUGCUAUUUUAGGAGUCGGAACACUGAGUGGUGCUGGAAUUUUAUACUACAAUAUUUAUUCAACUGAUAAAUUUGAAAACCCUGGGGUGAGUAAAUUAAAAAAAAAUAAUCGGGUAACUGAAUACUCACCUAGUGUAAAAUGGGACAGUAAUUGGGACCACAGAGACCCUAAGAGUCUGAUAAAACCUCGUAAACUUGAAAGUAUCACUGAUGACAAUGAGUACAAUGCUGAGAUAGAAGCACACACGCCUCGUACUACCCGUCAUUUAUUGCUGAUACGUCAUGGACAGUAUAAUUUAAAUGGAUCCACGGAUGCUGAAAGAACUCUCACUGAACUGGGUAGAAAUCAAGCCGCAUCUACUGGGAAACGUUUGGCACAAUUGGCUCUUCCGUAUUCUUUGAUUGUCAGGUCGACUAUGGCCAGGGCGCAAGAAACUUCCAAGAUCAUCGAAAGCAGUCUGCCAAAUGUUCCAGUCGUUGAUGACAGUCUUCUAGUAGAAGGAUGUCCGAUUCUUCCUGAACCGCCGAUCAGCCGCUGGAGACCUGAUAAAAAUUAUUUUACAGACAGUCCGAGAAUUGAAGCUGCCUUCAGGAAAUAUUUCCACCGAGACCGGCCUAAGCAAGAGUCUGAUUCCUACACGAUUAUUGUCGGACAUUCAAAUGUCAUAAGGUACUUUGUUUGCAGAGCACUGCAAUUUCCACCGGAAGCUUGGCUAAGAUUGUCACUGAAGCACGCGAGUAUUACGUGGGUCAGCAUUCAUCCUAGUGGUCGAGUUACGUUACGUGGAUUUGGAGAUGCUGGACAUAUGCUACCGGAAUAUUUGACUUCGAGUUAAACUGAUGGGUUUGAUUAUUUUUAAAUAAUCUAUGCAGUUAUAUUGCAGCUGUACUCGAAAAAAGUAAACACCAGUCCAGAAUUUUAUUUAUGGACACAGCUAUAAAUAUAUCACACUUUUAUAAAUAUAUUAACAUAUGUUAGUUUUUAUAUUUUAUUACUUUGUGAAUAAAUUAUUUUUGUUUAUAAAAAUAAAAUGAGUCUAAAUGUAAAAAAAAUAAACAGCGAAUUUUUAAAUUCAU